AUGGGUGGCUCACGGACAUUCCAGGCCGUUCUCCUUAUCCCAACUGACGACAAUCAGCUCUAUCCGCUCACGUCGGAUGAGCUGCCACGUGUCCUCCUCCCAGUGGGAGGCCGCCCUCUUCUCUCCUACAACCUCGAGCUCCUCGAAUCGUGCAACGUUCAAUCCGUUUUACUCGUCAUCGUCGGUGCUGACUCAGCAGCCGCGUCCCGAAUCUCGGGCUGGGUAGCUCAAAAUUUCCACGAACGGCUGCCCGGCCUCGAGAUCGCCGUCGUCUCCGAAGCCGUCGGAUCUGCCGAUGCGCUUCGGAGCAUCUUCCACCGCAUCGCUGACGUCCACGAUCUCCUCGUUCUCUUCGCCGACGUCCUGACAGACGUCCCGUUAGGCUCCGUCGCCGCCGCUCAUCGGCGGGAAGACGCCGCACUGACGAUCGUCUUUAACGACCGAGAUGGUUUAGCCGGCGGAUCAGACGGCGCCGCCGGCGGUACGGGGAGCGGAGGGGACGCCCGGUCGGGGGACAAGGGGAAGAAGGGAGGAGCCAGCGGCGGCGGAAGCGGCGGGAAAAGCGGCGGGGGCGGUAAAGCCGGCGGGAAGAGCAGCGCUGUCAGUCCGGAUUUAGUCGGAUUGGACGCGUCAGGGAAGCGUCUCUUAAUUUUCCAACCAGGCUCUAACUCCGCUGGCAGCGCGCCACGUCAGACUGCGCUUCGCCGAGCCCUCCUAGAGACGGAGGGGCGCGUGGACUUGUGCACGGAUUUAAUCGACUCUCGAGUUUACGCGUUUCGCCGAACCGCUCUCCAGAAUUUCCUCGCGUCGCAGUCUGGCUUGUCCUGCCUGCGACGCGACGUCCUGCCGGCCUUCGUGCGCGAUCUGCAGCCGCGCCGGCAGCUGCUCCUCGCGUCACUCCUCCCGCCGUCUGCCGGUCUGCCGUUCGCCGCGUCAGCCGGCACCGUCGCAGGGCUCGUGUCGCCUGCAGCCUCCGCCGCGGCCGCAUCUGGCGGCGGGGUUAGCGGAUCCAGGGACGUGCUAGGAUCAGGCAGAGGGGGAAACGUCGGAGGAGACGCUGAGGGAAGCGGCGGUGGCGGCGGCGGCGGCGGGGGAGGCGCUGAUUCCGCCGCCGCCGCCGCCGCUGCUGCUGCAGCAGGUGCAGGAGCAGGCGCAGCGGGGGGUGGCGCGGGGGGAGGGGGCGCUGCGGCCGGGAAAGCAGCCGCUGCAGUGCACGAGAGCGUAAGUCUUGCUGCAAAGGCGACGAUAGGGCCGCAUUGUAUGGUGGGCGAGGGGACUUCGGUUGGAGAGAAGAGCAGCAUCAAGCGGUCUAUCAUCGGGCGGCAUUGCCGGAUUGGAGCGCAUGUGAAGCUGGUAAACUCCGUGAUUAUGGACCAUGUGACUAUAGGCGAUGGGUGCCUGGUGCAGGGGUCGGUGGUGAGCAGCAAUGUGCUUAUGCAGGAGCGCACGAGCGUGGUUGACUGUUACGUGGGGCCGGGAUUCGUGGUGGGUAAGGAUUAUAAGGAGAGUGAGCUGUCUAAGAAACCCAAGGCUCAGGCGGCUCAGAGUUAG